GCGUUGUGACGUCAUAACGCUGCGCUCCUGCAUCUGUGAUUCGGCUGAAGAAAGGACGAAGUGUCCAAACACUCCUGCUGAAGCAGCUGAGCUCCACGUGACUCUGUAAUAAAGAUGGCGUUUAUUAAAGUUGAGAGUGAAGACAUGAAGAUUGAAGAAGUAUUCAGUGUCAAACAUGAAGAUACUGAGACACAAACAGACGAAUCCAGUCAUACACACCUAGGAUGGGAGUCUCCUGAUAACAAGUCAGCGACAGAGGAUGUGCCAAACCCCAAAGAAACUUUCACCACCCACAAAAAUUACUGCUAUGUCUGCAAGAAACCUCAGUCUAAAAUUUCACGUCACUUCAAACAGCAUCAAAACAGUGAGACGGAAAUUGCUGCUGCAUUCUCUCUCCCUAAACACUCCCAGGACAGAAAACGGUUACUUGAGAAGCUACGAAACCGAGGCAACUACCAACACAAUCAAGAGGUUAUAGAAAGAAAAAGAGGACCACUGAAAAUAAGGAGGCGCACAGGAAGGUCAGAAAUCGAACUGAGUGCCAAAACAUUUGUGCAUUGUGUAUACUGUAAAGGCCUGUUUGUUCGCAAGGAGCUGUGGCGCCAUACACGGAGAUGCCCUUCAAAGAUGUCGGAAGCAACUGGCAAGGCCAAAGUAUUAGAUUUGGCUGAUAUUGCGGAGUCAAUAUUCUCCCAACCAAUAUCUCCUGACGUGUGGAAGAUCUUGGGAAAAAUGAAGAAUGAUGACAUUUCAUCAGUAGUUCGAAAUGAUUUCCUCAUACUUCAGUUGAGUCAGUGUCUUUACAACAAGCAUGGCAGUGAUCCAACAAAAUCUGAAUACAUCAGACAGAAGGCUCGAGAAAUGGGCCGACUCUUGCUAAAAUUGAGAAGAAAAUACUCCAUAUAUAGCUUUGAAGAUGCUGUGAAACCGAACAAUUUUUACAAAGUUGUUGAGGCUGUGAAAGAUGUUGCUGGUUACGAUGAAAAGAGCCAUAUGUACAAGACACCAAGUCUUGCAUUGAAGUUAGGACAUUCACUUAACAAGAUUGGUGACAUUAUUCUCUGCAGGGCCAUCGCAGUAGAGGAUGAUGUUAUGACAAAAGCAACAGAGCAAUUCAAAAGAUUGUGCUCAAGUGAAUGGACAGGACAUGUCUCCAAUGCUGCUCUUGCUACUUUGAACAAAUCAAAGUUCAGCAAACCAUCUACUAUACCAUUCACACAGGACGUGCAGCUUCUCCAUCAGUACCUAGAGAAGAAAUCAGUUGAUGUUUCUGAAAGCCUGAAAAAUCAUGAGUCUUCACACACCUAUGCAGAACUUGCCAAAGUGGCACUUGCACAAGUAAUAAUAUUCAACAGACGUUGUGCAGGAGAAGUCUCAAAAAUGACGCUUGAGUGCUUUAAGAAAAGAAACCAGACUGAGCUCCACGAGGACAUAGCUCUCGGUCUCUCUCCAUUUGAACAAAAAAUGUCCAAGCAUUUCAGCAGAGUAGAAAUCCUGGGCAAGAAAGGGAGAAAAGUUGCUAUUUUGUUCAAUCCUGAACUCGUCAGAACCAUUAAACUUAUUGUGGAGAAGAGAGAUGUAUGUGAAGUAGACCGGGACAACCCCUUCCUAUUUGGAAGACCAAAGUGCUCACCCACCAGCUUCUUCAGGGGACAGGACUGCAUCAGGCUUUUUGCAAGUCAAUGUGGUGCGAAGAACCCAGAACAUCUCAGGUCUACACAGCUCCGCAAGCAAGUGGCAACAGUGUCCCAGAUUCUCAGUCUUAAGGAUAACGAGCUAAACCAACUUGCCAACUUUUUGGGCCAUGACAUUCGGGUCCAUAGAGACUAUUAUCGGUUGCCAGAUGCAACUAUAGAAAUUGCAAAAAUCUCAAAGCUGUUACUAGCAAUGGAAAAAGGAAAUCUUGCAAGAUUCCAAGGAAAAACUUUUGAUGAAAUUGAGAUUGAAGAAGAAAUUGAUCUGGAAUCAGACGAGGAAGAAAUAAGUGAUGAAGAUGAUGAAGAGUCAGGUCCUGCCCAUAGAGUAAGGGGGAUGAAGUUGACCCAGGAAGAGGCAGAAAGUUCCAAUGGAAAAAGAAAAAUGUCCCCAGGUGAAGCUGAGUGCUCCACAGAGGCCAAAUCAAGGAGAAUUGGGAAAAGGCCAUGGAGCCCAAAUGAAGUGAAUGCCGUUAUGAAACAUUUCAAAGCCCAUAUUUCAAAAGGACACCUCGUAACAACAGCAGAGUGUAAGAAGUGCAAGGCUGCAGAGGACCCUGUUCUAAGAGAAAGAACAGUACAGAAUAUAAGGGAUUUCGUGAGGAACCGAGGUUUGCAGUUAAAAAAAUAAAUGUUCUUAGAUUAGUUCAUUUGUUGACCCAGUGAAGUUCAAAGGAAAGGAUGUAUAGAAAAGAAAAAUGUACAACAGCUUGAGUUAUGGGUAAUCUUGAUCAGUUUUACAGUAUAUGGCAACCAUUUCUAGAUCGUUUGGACCAAUGUAAUGCUUACUUUGACCAGCAAUGUAGUGCUUAGUAUUUGUCUGCCCCCUAUUGAGUGCUUUGUUUUUCCACUGAAACUGCUUGUAUGCCCUGAUUACUCUUAAAAGUCUGUUUUUAUAUAUAAUUACUUUAUUAUUGUAAUUAUUAUUUUAUGUAUUUUGUUCUUGUUUUUUUUGUGUUUAUUGUGCAAUGUGAAACUAAUAAAAAUACUUAUUUAAAAAACACUACAAAAGCAGUUCAAUCAAGAGCAGCGAGUGAUUCCCUCUUUUUAUUUAUUGUUAGAUGAACAUUGAGACAGACGGCCUAUUAUGUCCUACUGUACUGCACGGAUAUAAUGUUCCACAUCAGAUGUUUUUUUUUUUCCAACAGUUCCCCAAACC